GUUUUAAGGAUGGGAUGUAGAGAAUGGUUUUUGAGAGCAGCCGAAGGAGUCCUGCCACAGAUUCCAAAGCACUAGCUGCAACCUUAGUUGCGAUAAAACCACAGCAUCUUUAUCCAGUCUUUGAUCUAGCAAAAGUUCUGACAAUCGUCUCCAUGUACUUGUGAGAACACAGUGAACUUUGACCUCACGGAGUCGUCUUCCUUUGAUGUGACCAACCUUUUAAGUCUUGAACAUUCCUACACCUUGCUACUGCAACCCAAAGUGUGGAUAUAAAAUGAGGCCUCUGGUUCCAGAAGAUGGAUCUUCCCCUCUUGGGCUACUAAACCGAGGGCCAGACUACCUCCGCAGGCAGCUGGAGGUCACCAGCGGGGGCCGUACCCCAAGCGCAGUGGAGAGGCUGGAGGCUGACAAAGCCAAAUACGUCAAAUCCCAGCAAGUGAUCAACAGCCGUCAAGAGCCAGUGCUCCUCUGCUAUACGCCUCAACCUUCCCCGUGUUGCAGGAGGCCCCUGACCCCCCACCAACGCAAUGAAUUCUCCCAGGGCUUAGUGGUAAAACCAGAAGGCCCUGGGCCCAAAAAGCCACCUCCUUCUCCUCAGUCACCGACAACGCGGAGAGGCAGUGGCAGACGUGUGCUGAGGCCCGACUCCCUUGUCAUCUACCGUCAGAAACGGGAGUGCUCAGCUGUGAAUAAAGAGAACGCCAAGAGCUAUGGACUUGUGAGGUGGCUGUUUCAGGGCUCCCUGAAAAACGGACAUGGCAGUUCCCCUUUUUUGAAGGGCCUGUUGGGAGAGGGACAGCUACAAGCAACACAAGAGGAUCCCCCUGUAGCCUGGCUGGCAACAGAAAAGAAGGAAAUGAGAACUCUAAGCUCCAUCGGCAUCCUAGCCAAGUCCAGCACUGGAGCAGCAGAACAGACCACUGAAAAUAGUCAAAGAUGCCAGUCCAGCUCCUGGGUAGAUAAGAACCAAAACUCCUCUCCCACAAGUCCUGGUCCAGUAAGCUCCAAGAGAGAGCUGGCUCCGAGCUGUUCUCUUCCUCUUUCAGAGAAAGAGCGUUUUUUCAACUAUUGUGGCUUGGACCGGAAUCUGGUGGAAGUGCUGGGAGCAGAGAGGUUCAAGCCAGGGGGCAGCUGGGAAGCGGGGUCCUCCAGCCCACUUUUUGGAAGCAUGGGCUCAGCCGGUUCUGAGCAAAGCAGCCCCUCCCGCAAUGCAGGGGAGCUGUCUACCGAAGAGCCGAGUGAGAAGCUGCCCGUGUCCGUCUCUGUGAUCGAACGAAACGCCCGUGUCAUAAAAUGGCUCUACAGCUGCCAGCAGGCCCGAACUGCAGCCAAGGAGUCUACAGUAUAGACAUAGGCUUGGCCUAGAACAACGGUUCUCAUUCUGAGGAGUGCUGGAUGAAUGGACCUCCCUGGUCUUGUAAGGGCUUGGUGUGCAUAUGAGGCCUCUGGGGCAGAUCGGCCCUUUAGUAUAUCUGGGAAGUUUCCCUCUGUCCGUUGCCCUGGAAGACCUUUAACGGCCAGAACAAGCUGAGCCAAAUAGCCUCCACAGUGCUGGCACUGGGUGAGCCUACAACCACAGCCACGAUCACUGCAGCCAGGGUCUAGGCCAAACAGCCCCUGGUGGGUUGCUAGCAUCUUAGGGCCCCUUGACUCGGUGUUGUCCAGGGCUUGCUAAAUGGCCCAGCCUACCCUGGGAGGUGGCCCCGUUCUUGUUCGAAGAUGAUAGCAAUGUGCCCCUUGUGGGAAGCGAAGCACAGCAGGCUUCAUUUUAUUUCCAAGCCCGUUCUGCUUCUCACCAAGGUAGUCAGGUCAGCUGGGACCUCCGGAUGAAAAUCGCUGGUUAUCUAAUUGGGUUCAGCAUUGACAACGUACAGAUUUGUAGUGUGAACUGUCCUAUAGGAACUAGAGCCAACCUCAUUUUGAGUGAAAGCUUAAAUUUUGAUGGUGGGAGCGGCCCGUGGCAAUUUCCAUUUAUAGCUUUCUUCCAUGGCUAUCAGCAGAACCUAGAGCUGGCAGUCCCCCGGUUGGGGGUGGGGGGUCCUCUGUUCUCAGCCCCCCCCCACUCACCUGGCUGGCAGGGGGAAGAGGCACAGGAGGUCUGGCGCUCGCUCCUGCAUGCUCUGGAGCCUCCCUUGUUGCACCAAGAAUGACGUCAUUCUCAGCACAACAAAGGAAGUGAAGGCCCCCUCACAGGGCUAUUUUGCUUAAAAUUGGCCGAUUCCAGGAGCAUGCCCCCACCGUACCCCACUUUUAAGGUCAGGGGACCAGGCAACCCUAGCAGAACCACUGGUAGGGAAAGGGGCCAAAUUCUAUCUAUGGCAUAGCAAAAUUGUAGGAUAAUCUUUCCAUUCACCCUUUCCUUCACUCUUUAUUGAGGGACAGCAUGGUGUAGUGUUGCACAUGGACUGGGUAUCCCUGGGUUCAAAUCCCACUCAGCUGUGAUACUCAUGAGGUGAUAUGGUCUCAGAGCCUGGGUCACACAGAGUUGCCAACACUAUCUUGGUAAAUGUUGGGAGCUUUGGGGGGGGGGUGCCAGGAGAGCGUGGAGUUUGGGGAGGCUGUGAUGAAACUUCUGGAUGACGCUCUAGGCUGUUUUUUCUAGUCUCUAUGGUCUUUACUAGGGGAAACUCCUGGAGCGUCACUGUGUGGAGGCCAUUUUUUCUCCAGCUCCUCAGUUCCUCAGGAGUGGGAAACUGGGGCUAGGGCUGAGUAAUUCUUCACCCAGGAUGAGUAAAUGGGAGGCAUAGACUUUCCUCACAGGGUGGUGCUUAUAAGAAUACCAAGAGCAGGGAUAACCCCGAGCCCCUUCCUUGGAAGGACAAUAAAAGAAUAAUUCAUAUUGCUAGUCACUUCUCUGGCUUGGCCUAUACAUAUUUGCAUCAGACAUCAACCUUGGCCCUGGAGUGGCACACACAACUGUUAUUUUUGUGUCAUCUGAAAAAAGGACUUUGCCGUUGGAAAGCAACUAAAGGACAUAAUUCCCCAGUAGCCUGCGAGUCAUUCCUUUCCUAUCUGGUGUAUGGUUUCCAAGUCCCCUUACCCUCCCAGUGGGAGGUAGGGUUGCCAGCCUCCAGGUAGUGGCUGGAGAUCUCCCGGAAUUACAACUGGUCUCCAGGCCACAGAGAUCAAUUCACCUGGAGAAAAUGGCUACUUUUGGGGUGAAGUCUAUGGAAUUAUGUCAUGCCCAGGUCCUUUACCUCCCCAAACCCCACUUUCUCCAGGUUUCUCCAAGUUUCGCCCCCAAGAUCUCCAGGAAUUUCCCAACUUGGAGCUGGCAACCCUAGCGGAAGGGGGGUGGACCCAGCACUCCCCUCUUUUUUUUCCUUUGUGUGCGUGCAAAGCACACGUGCGCUCCCUGGCCUGUGCAAUGAUGUCACUUCCUGAAAAUGACAUCAUCGUGCAGGCCCAGGAGCACGUGCAUGCAUCACAGAUCUCCCACCCCCAUCGAGGGAUCUGCAACCCUGAUCUGGUGCAAUGUCUAGGGCAGGCCCCGGCAUUUGGUUUCCUGACAUCCCUUCUUGAAACAUUUUCCAAGCAUUGCAUAAUAAAGAGAGAAAAUUCAGUGACCGAAUGUCUACUUUGUUUCUCAGUACACAAGGUAGCAACACUUGGCUCACGAUGGACCCAUAUUUGUUUGUUUAUGGAUGUUAAUGAAUGUGAGUUAAAUAUUUUGCCCAAACCCAGUGGUGUGGCUAACCACCUCAUGGUUUCCUGGUGAUUCACUGA